AGCUGGUUGUGUCGUGUUGUUUGUUUCGUUUCGUCGUCGUAGCGCUAGGGCAUGUGGUUUUCGCGAGUGUUUUGUUCACGGUUUCUUUUGCUCAUGUUUAGCUGAUUUCCACUUUCUUUCGCGUGCUGAAAUUUGUGCGUAGAGUGUUUUGUUGGUUUCGUUCAUUUCGAACUUUUUCGUUGUUUCGGGUUCCGUUGGCAUCUUAAUUUGGAAUCGUGUGAUCAAGCAGCCGCUACUAACAGCAGCCAAUACUUACAGUACUGGUUCCAGUGAGUGUUGUAUGCGCUUCAAAAAAGAAUAAAAAUUACAGCUUUCUCGCAGCAGUAGCAGCAGCAGCAAGAAACCUCAUUGCCAAAUAGUGUGAUCGCCGAUUUGUGGUGUUUGUGAUAAUUCGCCAAACAAGUCAGUCGCCCAGUAGUAGCUUAAGCUGCUAAGCUGUCGCUUUGUGUGUCCUUAGGAGAAGGCCUGUUAGUGAAGCAGUCAAUUGAAUGGUGUAGUAAAUUAUAGCUGCUAAAUAGUUAGAAGUGAGGGUCUAUGGGCAAAGUUGCAAUCGAUAAAUGUGAUACGUGAAUUGUGAAAAAGGGCGAAUGAAGUGAAUGAAGGAAGCAGAAAGUAACAUCGGAGUCAUAAGCCUAUGUGAAUGUCGACCGAAAAAGAGUGAAAACAAAAUUGUGCAAAUCGCAUUAUGCUGGGAGCAAACAAAUAAGUGAAAUAUUCGAGCAAGGUGCUUGGUGUGUUACCACCCGCAUAGUCAUCGUAAUACCAAUACUAAACCGAAUCGACGACGACAACAACAAAUUGAGUGGCGAGAAGGGAGCCUUGAGAGGGUCUAUUCAGCUUACUGGAUUACAUUUGGAACUUUCGCGAAAAGGGAGGGGAAGUUAUUGGGGCCUAAGUAUUGCUGGGAAAGUGAGUGCAUUCAAGAACGGCUGCAGCAGCUGAUGCACUUUUGUGUGUGGAAUCAGGCAAAGUCAGUCAGUCAUCGGGCAGUGCAGUGUUGUUGUUACUGACUGAGAGUGUUUUUGCCAGUAGACGCCACGAGGUCAAUGCGUCAGGGGAUAUGCCUUGUCGUCGAUCGUUGACGCGGCCAUCAGGAAGACUCAUGUAAGAAAAAGAGGUACACACAAUCAACCAGCAGCAGCAGCAGAUUCCAAUGAUUGUACAGUGCAGGAUCAGCCGGCAGCUGAAAAGUUCAAACGUUUCCCGGUAGCGGCCUUGUGCCGCACGAUUCAUCAACCUCCCGCAUCAAUACAAACAACCCGGAGAGUCGUAGUGGACACGUGUCCAGAAUAUUGCUCCCUGAGACAAAAGACGCCGCACUAUCUGGCGCGAAUCAUCGUUCUGCCCUACGACCGAUCAGCUGUUGGGUUGUUAGCUUUCGAAGGAAAAUCGGGCGGGUUAGAUGACCCUCCUCCUCCUCCUCCUUUUCCUCCAAUCGAAUGUGUCGAUAGCGCUUAAGUCGAUGGCUUCGAGGGAGCACCAAUUGUGAUAUUCGACGACGAAGAGAAAGAGAGACAUCAGCAAGUACAAAUUAGUUAACCUUUAUUAAUUGUAACAGUUGGAGCGUGUUCGAGCAGCUGCAGCAGCAUAUUUUGUCGAUCGUUGUCCGAGAGCUUGAGCGUUGAGUGUGGGUGUUCCGGGAUCGAUGGAAACUACAAACAGUUUGGUGAUUCGCGAAACCCAAAAGCAACGGGCGAAAUGUAAGGACGGGAUCAAGAAGAAAGUUAAGAUAAAGGUGGAUUUCAUCGGGACGGACGACGAGAGUAAGGGCAAUAUGGCUAAGGACGUACAUUCCGGUGCUAUUCCAGUCAGUCCGAUGACGGACGAAGAAUUCGAAAAUAUUUUCGAGCGUUCGAUGCAGGACUUGGAAGCGAUCAAGUCCGAUUCGGAUAGUGAUUUUGGAGAUGAUCAUGGUCUUCCGUUGAAGAAAACUUUCACACCACCGAAAAAUCUCCGCCAAAAGACUGUGGGAUCCUCGAGUGAUAGUAGUGUAAGCGAUGUAGAAGAUGAGUUGUACUCAUGGAUAGAAAACUGUCCGAAAUCUCCGAUGAGUCCUAGGCGUUCGGAUUUACCUGCUUUCCCUCCUCUGGUGCUUCCGUUUGCCAACCGAAGGCGGUUAUCUGAGUGCCUGGAGGAAGACGAAGAAGAGGAAAAACCUCUCAAUUCCAAUGGUACAAAAAAUGGACACAAUCCAACAAAUAGUAAUAAUGCGACCUCCAAUGGAAGCAAUGGAAAAUCUCCAUCCAAAAGUGAAGCACAACCAGAAGUUCGCAAAUCUCGUUUCCAGGUCACCAAAACCAAUGACCUUCCUCAGUUGCGGCCGGAAUCUUUGAACCUGAGGCCUCUCACAGCUGCACACAACUCUCAAACGAUCCACUUUCCGUGCAGCCAGUUCAACACGCCAAUCGAUAGAAACUCCUUGAAAAGUAUCUUCUCACCCGAAUCGCCUUUCCCAAAUCCCCACAUGGACAAAAGAUUUUUCGACACAUCCCUGGUCGAAAUUCGUCCCAUCAACUCUAGUAUUCAUUCGAUUGCCGGAUCUGAAAGUUCCAACCCACCGACCCAAACUCCGGUAGCGGAAUCGCCAAAUGCCGAACCUGCCGGCGGUGAUGGCAAGAGAACCAUUCCAUUCGAGUUGCUGGACGAGGUGUGGGUCAAGCGACCGGAAGUGUCCGAUAUUUCACCAAAGAAACCGACGGCGGCGAAUUCCUCCACUAAGGCGGCCACCCUGCCGGCCGGAUCGUCGCUUGGCGCCUCGAUGAAAGCGAAAACCUCCGUCGUCAGCGACUCUGCCGAUGGCAACAGUCAAUUCCAGCGCCCCUCGACGGCGCCCGCCGGAACGGAUUCGGCCCGAUCGUCGAAGCGUCAAAAAAAGAGCGAGCGGGAAGCCAAGAAACAGGAAAAGGAACUGAAAAAGCUCGAGCGGGAAACGGCCCGGCGACUGGAACGCGAAGCGGCCAAGCUCGAGAAGUACAAUCGCAAACAUGAGAGCAUAUCGCGGAGCACGGAACGGGUUAGCGGCGGCCGGUCGGGAUCCCUGGAAAGGCGGCGGAGCGGUGACGAAGGUCCUGUGCUCAAUCAAUCCACUGUCCACGGUAUUGCAAGUCCUAAUCGGAGGCCGACUAUCUUUGACGUGUUCCGAACACGCAAAGGUUCCGAUUCCAAGAAAAAGAAGGACGAAUCGAGCAAAUCGGGCUCGGAUAAGGACAGUCCCAGUGGCAGUGGAACAAUCGGUAGUGGUUCCGGUGGUAUUAUGAACAGCAUGAAGGCGGCCCUGCAUGUGGGUGGUCGUCAUAGUCAUCAAACGGCGGCACAGCCGGCCAGUACGACAGCGACAGCUUCGAAAGUGCGCGACGGAUCGGCCCAUCCACAUGCGGGCAGUGAUGCACAGUACUACCACACGGUGACGGCAGUGCGCCGCGCCGACGCCGGCAAGUCUCCGAUGACCAAGGUGAUGGAUUUGUUUAGGCAUCGUUCCAAUUCGGCAGUGUCCGAGGCCGACAAGCGCAAAGCGCGAGCGGCGGCACAGCAUCAGCAGCAAUUGGCAGCCCAAACGGCGCACAUGCGACGAGCCUCGGCAGAACUCGCGGAACGUCGUCGAGCAUCGUUGGGUGCCAGCCGGGGACUACGGCCCGAUGGCACCAUGGAUCCCUACCACGCGGCCAUCCUGUUCCGGGACUCUCGAGGGCUCCCAGUGGCGGAUCCCUUCCUGGAAAAAGUUAGCUUAUCCGAUUUAGAAGAGGACGAGUCACAGAUAUUUGUCAAGUUCUUCCGAUUCCACAAGUGCUAUGAUCUGGUGCCAACCUCGGCCAAGCUGGUCGUUUUCGACACGCAGCUGCUGGUCAAGAAGGCAUUCUACGCGCUCGUCUACAAUGGCGUUCGAGCGGCUCCCCUCUGGGACUCCAAGCGGCAGGAAUUCGUCGGCAUGCUGACGAUCACCGACUUUAUCAAGAUUCUAAAAAUGUACUACAAAUCGCCGAACUCGUCGAUGGACGAGCUGGAAGAGCACAAGCUGGAAACUUGGCGAAGUGUGCUUCAGGAGGAAGUUAAGAAAUUAGUUAGUAUUGGCCCCGACGCGUCGUUGUACGAUGCCAUCAAAACGCUUAUCCACAACCGGAUUCAUCGGUUACCGGUCAUAGACCCGCAAACUGGCAAUGUGUUGUACAUAUUAACCCACAAGAGAAUACUUAGAUUCCUGUUUUUAUACAUCAAUGAGCUACCAAAGCCAUCCUACAUGCAGAAAACGCUGCGCGAGAUCCGCAUCGGCAGUUACGAUAACAUCGAAAUUGCCACCGAAGAUACCAGCAUCAUAACGGCACUGUACAAAUUCGUCGACCGCCGGGUUUCGGCCCUGCCAAUGGUGGACGCCGAGGGACGGCUGAAAGACAUCUACGCCAAGUUUGACGUCAUCAAUUUGGCCGCCGAGAAGACCUACAACGAUCUGGAUGUUUCGCUCAAGACGGCCAACGAGCACCGGAACGCCUGGUUCGAGGGAGUGCAACACUGCAAGCUGGACGAAACCCUCUACACCGUGAUGGAACGGAUUGUCCGGGCCGAGGUACACAGGCUGGUGGUGGUCGACGACGAGGAGAAGGUGAUCGGUAUUAUCUCGCUGUCGGACAUUUUGUUGUAUCUAGUGCUGCGACCCACCGGCGAUGGUAUCGGUAAUUCUGAAUCCCUGCGAGCGACCGAUCCACGCUUGCACAAAUCGCCAAGCAAGCUUAGCAACCAGUCGAAGCAGGACAGCAACGAAAGCAUCGAAGAGGAGAAGGAACUACUAGCAGAAGAGGAGGAAACUGGCGAGGCUGGAUCAGAAAAGACUGAACUGGUAGAAGCAGAAGAGGCGACGGAAGAUGCGCUAGAUGAAGCACAGUCAUCAACAGCUCAGCAGGAGGAUGACAAAGCCGACGAGAACGAUAUUCCUCCGGCGGAUUCGCCAAACGAGCGCAGCUCCAAUGACUCGCCCGUUCAGGAUCUUCUUGGUGAAGAACAGAAUGCCAUACGUGAUACACUAGCAACCAAUGUCCAAAGAGAAGUCGGUUUGGUGAGCGAGUAAUCGUAAGCCAGAUCGUCAACGCGAAACUCCUUUACAGUUUUACCAACAACCCAUAUACAUAUAUAUUAUAUUUUAUCUCGUUUGGAUUAAGUUGAACUUUUUUAAGUGGAUACAUUUACUAAUCUGUUGCCCUUCAUUCUCGGAGCCAAGGGCUUUACUAAAGUGAAAUUCAGUGCAGGAAAGGGCAGCAUUCAAUGUUAUAUCAUUUGUAUAGGAUGAAAUUAUCAAGCAAAGAAUAAAUCUGUCAUAGUUUAUGUAACUUAUAAUAGGAAAGACGAUAAUAAAAGCAAACGAAAUUUAUUGAGAAGCAAAGCACAUACUUGAAGGCCUUAUAGCAAUAUACAUACACGCAAAUGAUUCUAAUAUUUUGAGACGCCACUACAGAUAAACUACCAACGGUAAUAAAUGUGAUCGAAUGCUGCUGCAAAUCCUUUCCGCCUGUUUGAUUUAGGUAAUCAUUAUCUAAAGCAAAGAUGAAACAACUUUCCGUUGACAGGCAUACAUUUUUUUCUGUAAAUCGAAUCAAUCCAUUGCUUAUCCAAUCUAUUUUUGGACAAGGGUAAAAGUAAUUGAAAAUCAAGUACAAACCAAUUGCAUGAAAAUAACAAAUGGAAACUCAAGAAAGAGAAACAAUUAACCAAUACAGCGAUAAACAUAAACUCUUUACUUCAAAAUCAAACAACAAACAUAAUACAGCGGUUUUUCUUUUUCAAAAAAAACGGGAACAACUUUCAAGCACAUAUGGGAGUGACUUAAUAUUUAACUACGCGACAAAUCUCAGUCGCAGUAAUUAGAUCAAAAUUCUAACAGUUCAGCAUCUAAACAAUAAAUUUAGAACAAAUGGCAUAAACAUACGCGGAGAAUUUUUGCUUCAGUAACAAAACAGCCAUAUGAACAUUGUUAAAAUAAAAUACAUCCAAAUACAGGCAUGUACAUUGCUUAGAGAGAAAAAAAAAUUAAAAACACAAAUCAUUAAGAUUAACAAAACACUACAAAUUGAUGGCCACCUUGCGAUGAUAGUGAAGAAGAAUAAAAAAAAGUCCUAAACAAAAUGCAAAUCAUAUUUAUCGCUCCCACCUCCGGGCUAUUAUUGAAUGAAAUUUUGUAACCCUUUAAAUUAUUAUUUCGACCUAGACACUAUAGAAAUUGGAACACUGAAACUACGCUUGCGAGUUACGUUUUCUUUUCAGUUCAUAUUCUCAACGGAAUGAUCGUUGUAGCUGUUGCGUGAAAGAGACACAUGGAGAGAAAGAAAGAUAGGUAGAUAGAUAGAGCGCGAGGUAAACUUGUUGGAAGGAAUGUCGGUAGAUGCAAGUAAAUAAAGCAUGAAAUGUAUGUACAUUAAUAUAACGUAAUACAAUACAAAACAAUUAAACAAAUGUUGAUAGUUUUCGGCUAUGGUAUGUAGUCAAUAUAAACCAUGCAAAUGAGAAGAAAUGAUAAGCUACAAAUUUCUAUUCAACAAACUAAGCUGCUGAACCAUAGAGAAAGCAAGUUUCAAAAUAAAACAGUUGGA